AGCCCGCACGCGCUCAGUGUGUUUAUAACGGGUGAAGCCUUCAGGUGACACGACGCUGAACUCCCGGUACCCGCUGCAUCACGACCGGGAGCCCCGGGGUCCACUGCGUGUCCGCUGCCGUGGAACAAAGUGAGAGAUCCACAGAAAGUUCUGCUCGCUGCCGUGCUGCGUGUGAUGUAACCGGUCCUUCUUCGGUCCUUCUUCAGAGAUGAUGCUGAUUUUUGCUGCAACCCUGCAGGCUGCAGGUGCAGUCAGGACCCGAGGAGGGGAGUCUCUUCACCUGCUGAUGCUGUUUCUCCUUCCUCUGCUGUGGCUCCAGCCUGCAGCAUCGAGCGCCGCCCCAGAAGCCAAAGCCUGGAGCCAAACGGGGCCGCGGCUGCAGCUCUCCCACUCAGACCUGAGGAACGGCUCGGCUGUCUUCUGGGAGGAGGGGGUCAGCGGUGGGUACCAGGCCCUGCUGUUAGACGAGGAUAAAGGCUGGCUGCUGGUCGGAGGGAAGGACCACAUCUACCUGCUGAGGUCUGACAGCUUGGAUCUGCCCUCGCAGCAGAUCUACUGGCCGGCUGCCCGAGAGCACGUGGCGCACUGCAGGCUGGCUGGCAAAAGCCUGGAGACUGAAUGUGCCAACUUUGUGCGGCUGCUGCAGCCUCUCAAUAAGACCCACGUUUAUGCCUGUGGUACCGCUGCCUUCCAUCCACAGUGCACAUACCUGCACCUCGGACACAGCGCAGAGGAGCCGUUCUUCAUGCUGUCUCACACAGUCGAGUCAGGCAGAGGAAAAUGUCCCUUCAGUCCCAGAGAGCCUUUCACUGCUAGACUGACUGACGGGGAUCUGUACGCGGGUACCUCGGUCGAUUUUAUGGGCGCCAAUGCCGCAAUCUUCCGGACAUCCAUCCAGGGCAGCAGCCAGCAUUACAUCCGCACCGAAGCCUACGAUCACAACUGGCUCAAUGAGCCAGAUUUUGUGGGCUCCUUCUCCAUCCCUGACACACACAGCCCGGACGAUGACAAGGUCUACUUCUUCUUGAAGGAGAGGGCGGUGGAGGCCGGGCAGUGGGACAGGAGGGUGUACAGCCGCGUGGCCCGAGUCUGCAAGAACGAUGCUGGCGGGAGGAGGAGUCUUAUCAACCGCUGGACCACCUUCCUCAAAGCCCGGCUGGUCUGUUCUGUCCCCGGCCCGUCUGGAGUCGACACACAGUUUGAUGAGCUCGAGGACAUCUUUGUUUUGGAGACCAAGGACCCUCAGAACCCCACCGUCUAUGGAGUCUUCAGCAUGUCCAGCUCCAUAUUUCGUGGUUCAGCAGUGUGCGUAUACUCCAUGGCGUCCAUUCGAGCUGCUUUCAACGGACCGUUUGCCCAUAAAGAAGGUCCUGACUAUCGCUGGGUCGAGUACAAGGGCCGCAUCCCCUACCCAAGACCUGGGACUUGUCCCAGCGAGACCUACGAUGCUCUCCACAAGUCCACUAAGGACUUCCCAGACGAGGUGGUGAGCUUCAUGCGGCAGCAUCAGCUGAUGUGGGAGCCCGUCCUGCCUCUGGGUGGCAGACCCAUCUUAACCCGCGUCAACUCAGCCUACAUGUUAAAGAAGGUUGUGGUCGACCGGGUGGAUGCUGAGGACGGACCGUACGAUGUCUUACACCUGGGAACAGAUGAUGGGAAGGUGGUGAAGGCAGUCUCUGUCAUUAAAGACAACUGGGACACAGAGGAGGUCAUACUGGAGGAGCUGACAGUCUUCCAGAGUCCCACUCCCAUCCUCAGCAUGCAGCUUUCAACCAAGAGACAACAGCUAUACGUGUCCAGCGAGCUUGGUGUGGCCCAGCUGGGGCUGCAGAGGUGCGAGUUAUACGGGACCGGCUGUGCCGAGUGCUGCCUGGCCAGAGACCCCUACUGCUCCUGGGAUGGACAGACCUGCUCCAGAUACUUCACCAUGAGCCGGAGGCGGGCGCGCAGACAGGAUGUGAAGUAUGGAGACCCCUGGAGCCAGUGUCCAGUCACAGAGGAUGAGUCUGACUCAGUGGAGGUGAAGGUGGUGUACGGUGUCGAGGGAAACUCCACCUUCCUGGAGUGUGUUCCUCGGUCGUCCCAGGCAGAGCUCAGGUGGACGCUGCAGCAAUCUGUCAGUCAGACACAUGAGAGCAGACAGCUCCCUCCGAGCGAUGACGACCGCUCCUUCCACAUGAAGCGAGGCUUGCUCAUUCAGCACCUGGAGCAGGCCGACUCAGGCCUGUACACCUGCAGCAGUCACGAGCACUCCUACACCCAGGUCCUAGCACGAUACCGCAUUCACAUUAUUUCCAAACACAGCCUCUACCCGGCUCGCUACACACACAACCCCAACUUCCAGAGCCCAGGGAUUCUGGGGAAAAUUGGCCCGGCCGGAGGAGGGAUUGCUGGGUUUCUGAGCCAGUCUGGGUCCCCUCAUGCGCCACCUUCUCUGCCAGAACAGGGGAACUCGUGGCUGCCCCAGCAGGUCCCUCUGAGGAGCUACAAAGACCUGCACAAGGUGGGGGGCAACAGUCUGAGCGUGGACGAGUACUGCGAGCACCUGUGGUACCGCGAGAAACGGCGGCAGCAGAAGCUCCGCACGCUGAAGAUGAAACAGGAGAGCAGGAAGGCCCGCGUGAGGAGGAACAACCCCCCCGAGGUUCCCCUCUAACAAGGAUCUGAGAGACCGCCAAGGACAACAGGUCCUGCACAUGCACAGAGCUGAUCAAGGCAAAUAAUGCCGGCCGGUGAAGUGACACUAAUGAUUAUUGACCACUGAAGACUAAUAUUCCAAAAAAAGAUACUCCUAUAUCCUCAUCCUGAAUGAUAUUUAGAAACUGAAAGGUAGAAACAUGUCUGCCUCUGAAUUCUUCUUUUUCUAAGUCACAUUUCAGAAAUGGGUUGCAUUGCAAUGCAUUAUGGGAUGCCACUGAGAGUUUUCAGUGAGAUAAAUGACCUGGUAAUAUAAAAGUAAUGCCCCAUGUUUGAGGUGUGAUUAAAGAAAAAGCUCCACUGAUUCACCUGUAAAGACAAAAAGGACCUGAUCGAAGUUCCUUCCUGUUUAUAUCAGGGUUGGGUUUGAUUUUUGUGGGUGGGGGGGUUGACCUCCUAUUAUAACAGUUAGGGGGGGCCAUCAGUGCCAAAAAUGAGGCGAGUGAGUUAAACGGUCCCUGAGAGUGUUUCCUUAUUGUGAGAGAGGAUCCAUAAAAGCAUUUCUGCCAGCUGUACAGCUUUCAGCUUCACACACCUCCUCUGUUCCUGUUCAGCCCUGCGCUCAGUAUCCGGCUCACAGGUGUGACCGACAGGUGACAGGAUCAGACCCCCGCACACAGACAGGGUUCACAGGACCGUGUUUGUUUACCGCUUCACUUUAAUCCUGCUUCAUAAACACGUAUUCAUGUUUGUCCUGAGAUGUAAGCUUCACUCAUGCCUGACGGAGUAAACAGAAACGCACACACGAAACACACCUUACCUGAAACAUUAUUUACAUCCAUGUAUAAUAAAGAACUCUAUUUUUCUAGUUUUCUUUCUGUAUUCUGUAGAAUUUAGUUCAUUUUGUAAGUUUAUAUAAACCUGUGUUUUUCUUAUAAGCAAACUUUUUUUACUUCACAGCUCUAAUAAGCUUUGAGACUGAGUAAUGUCAUCAUCUUACUGUAUGUGAGUAAGCCACAAACGAUCACUUCCAGUGAAAAUAAAACCAAGAA